UGUGGGUCUGCAGGCAAAGGGAGAAGAUGGCGGCGCUGGGCGAACCUGUGCGGCUGGAGAGGGAUAUAUGUAGAGCAAUUGAAUUGUUGGAAAAACUACAAAGGAGUGGAGAGGUACCACCACAGAAACUUCAGGCUUUACAAAGAGUCCUUCAAAGUGAAUUCUGCAAUGCUGUAAGAGAGGUAUAUGAACAUGUCUAUGAGACGGUGGACAUCAGCAGCAGCCCUGAAGUGAGAGCUAAUGCAACUGCAAAGGCUACUGUUGCUGCAUUUGCUGCCAGCGAAGGACAUUCUCAUCCUCGAGUUGUUGAACUACCAAAAACAGAAGAAGGCCUUGGAUUCAAUAUUAUGGGUGGCAAAGAACAAAACUCUCCCAUCUAUAUAUCUCGAAUAAUUCCAGGAGGAAUUGCUGAUAGACAUGGGGGCCUCAAGCGGGGAGAUCAGCUUCUUUCUGUGAAUGGAGUGAGUGUUGAAGGAGAGCAUCAUGAAAAAGCCGUAGAACUGCUAAAAGCCGCUCAAGGAAAGGUUAAAUUAGUAGUACGAUACACACCCAAAGUUUUAGAAGAAAUGGAGUCCCGUUUUGAAAAAAUGAGAUCGGCCAAACGCAGGCAACAGACCUAAUGCAGUUCAGAACUAUAUUCCAUUUGCUUUUAGCUAGAGAAGUUUUACUUGUGACCUACUGAUGGCCGCAAAGCCAAUGAUUGUAAAAACACAAAAACAAAAAAAUACCAGAAACUUCCCAUGAAAUGCUCCUUGCCAUUUUAUAAAUGCCUGUUUUAAAAUCAUUUGUGGUUCCAGAGAUGCAUAUACUUUUUUCUGACAAGAAAAAGUAAAAGGUGAUGAGGACAAUUCUGUCCUGCUCUUUUUACAGGUCUUUUUUCAAAUGCAGAUUUUGUCAUAAAGUUGUUAUAGAUUUUUAAAAAUGCUUUUUAAAUAUUGAAAUGUAUUUUACAUUCUUAAUCUUUUUUUUAGGAAAAAAGUUUUCUUCAUUUGUCUGCUGAUUUAAAAAUAACAGUUCUCCAGUUCUUUUUUGCUUACACUACUUUUUUUUUAACCUGUAAAAUUUCUUUAGUUUUCCAGGAAAUUAAAUGUAACAGUUUCAGCUACAACAGUUUAUUACACUGUCAGUGUUAACAUCACUGCUGCAUUUUGUACUUUGAACACACACAUAAUAUGUACAGUCAUUGAUAAAUCAACUCAGUACAGUGGAACUUUUUUACUUUUAUUUAAACAUAAUGUAAAAUGAAUACUCAUUUAUACUGAUUUAUAAAAGUAAAUUUUUAAACACUAAAACAACCAUUGCGAAAAUACGUAUUUCAUAAUUGAGCAGCAAGGCAAGGGGAUGCGAUUUGUUUUUUAUUAUUAAUUAGAUCUCUAUCCAACAGUAUGUCAAAUUACAAAUGGAAAAACAGGUUUAGGUUCAUUUUUUGCAAAUUUGUUUAAUGCCCUUAUUUCUGUUGAAAUUUGUUUCUUAUGUUUUGGUCCUUCCAUUCCUAGAGAUGAGCCAGUUAGUUUGUGAUGGGAAAUAGCAGAAGCAAAGAAGGAAAAGUAAUACUUUAAUCUCACUAGUCUCUAGGUCAGUUUAAAGACUUGAUUUUCAAUAGGAUGAUUAUAGAAGGAUAUCUUUAAGAUAUACAGAAAUUAUGAGGUGAUGUAUCCAUAAGAAUCUGCAGACUUUUUGUCAGAAUGAGUAGGAAUUUAUUCAUAUUAAAAUGGUUGGAUUUAGAAAUGGUGAUCUGUGUUUAUGAUUCAAAUAUAAUGAUGGGAGUUCUGAGAGAUACUCUCAGUUGUCCACUGGAUGUCACUGUUUUACUGAAGGGCAGCUAUUAGUCUAAGACUGUGACUGAGCUCUUCUCGAAAGCUGAGAUGAGUUGAGGUUCAUUUUCAGUCACAACCUACAGGAGCAUAUGUGUGAUUUUUUUAAGUGACAUGCUAAAAAGAUAAUCGUUUGAAAUAUAUAAGGACUUCAGACCUUGUUUAAAAAGUGGGCAUUUUGUAACAUUCCUUCAGGAAGACUGGAAAUGUAUACCUUUCUCUGCAUGUUUGUGAGCACUGUGAGUCUUAAAAAGAUUAUUCCAGUUUUCAGUGAUUUUUAAGAAUAAAAGCCAAUCAGCAUUGUUAUUUAUCAUUUAGGUAUUGAACACUGGAUUGCAUGGUUGAAUGUGUCUUUAGUCCACUACAAAAUGUGCUUGUUAUUGAUAGGAGUGUUGUUAAAUUGUAUAUUUUCAAAUUAAUUGAUGUUUUUAAAAUGUUGAGACCAAAGUAGUGUAGGAGAAUUAUGGACUUAAUUUAAUUGUAAAGUUAUUACAGGUAUUUGUUGUAGAGCUUUAUAUAUUAAAGAGAGGUAUUGGUGCAUAUAAAAACAGUAAUAUUAUUAUGCUCGUAUUCUUGCAUUGUACAGGGUAAAUAAACCCUAAAGAAAUCUUAUUUUAGUAUAGCUACAGCUGCAGUAGCUUUUAAGGGCGUGUCAACAUUUCAUUAUAAAUUGUAGCUUCUUGGUUCAGUAUCUCAGCUGUUUCAGAACUUCCAGCCAAGUUAAAUCUUUUUUGGUGUUGAAACUUAAUAAGUUGAGUAAGCUAUUUUUUGGUUCCAUAGUAAUCCACAAUCUGUUCUUUGUGUGGGUUGGCACUUAUUUAUAAUUCUUAAAGAUAGCUUAAAGGAGCCAAAUACAGUAGUUUUUGCUCGCUACUGUUGAGCAUGAAUAGCAGUAGUUCGUUUUCAUUAAAGCAGUUCCCACAGUGUAUUCCUGAAUUUUAAAUCCUGACCAUAGGAAAAAAAAAUCAAUAAUUCAGUGGCAAAGAUAUACAGUAGUGGUUUGGUAUUGUGAGGAAAUGAAGGAAUUUUUCAUUUUAUAAAUGUAUGAUUCAUGAAUAUAAUUAGUCACAUAGUAAAUAUAUAAUAGGUGUUUGAUUUGUAAAUUAUAAAUAUAAUUAUCCCUUCUCCCCAAUUUCCGUUUAUUUUUUGGUAUUUCAAAAUGGGUUAACUCAGUGAUUCUAAACCCUUGCUGCAUGCUAAAACACCCUGCAGAGCCUUUGAAAAGAUUGGUAUGGUACCUAAGUCCCAUCUCACAGCAACUAAAUCAGAAUCUCUGAGGGUGGGGUCAGACACUUGUACAAUUUUUAAAACUUUCCAGGUGGUUCUGAAGGACACGUAGGGUUGAGAACCACUAAUUUUCCCCUUUAUAAAAUGUUCUAAUUACACUGGACUUUGUUUGGAAAUAUCAGAAUAGGAUAAUUUACAGCUACUAUUAAGUAGCAGCAAAUAUGAUGAUUGGUUAUAUUUCUUAAUUUUUUAGGAAUGAAAGGUACUUGGCAUUCUUUAUUUGGGAAAUAAUUAUAAUCUGCCUUUUUUAAAACCUGGUAGUAGUUUAAACAAACUUUUAAUAUUUGUCAUCUUUCUACUCCCUUUGCCUUUUUAAAAUUUACAAAAGAUAAAUGUCAUUUGAGAAAGCAUGUUUAAAAAUUGCAAAUGAGAAAUAAUGUCAUUGAUAAUUAUGUGCUGUCUUAACAUGGCUACUUUAUUAGCAAUAUACUCGAUUAUAGUGGCCUAGUUCUUUGGGUUUGGAUAAUUCAGAUAUGUUUAUAACAAAAUUAUUGUCUUCUAAAUUUUUGAAAGUUAUUUUGCUCAAGUACUUAACAUAGUUUGGCUCAAGUACUUUGUUUACAGUUUAAAUGGAUAUUAUAGCAUUUAAUAGAAGAAAUGGCUAUGGCUUACUGGAAAAGAAUAUCAGCAUGACUUGGUGUAGACUUAAAAGGAUACAUGUUGUUAAUAUUUUAUAAUGCGGAAUGGUCAUUAAAAUAUUAAGGACUUUAGUAAUUGUAUUUCCUGAAUAAAUGUAUGUUUAUGAAUUUUCUAACUUAUACCUUGUUGUCUCCUCUGCUAACAGUCUGGUUUUAUACUUUUUAUUGUCCGAAAUUUCACUUUUAGUGUUAUUUCAAAGGUCAUGGCAGUCCUGUAAUAGUUAAAUAGUGGAAAAAAACAAAUCACUUGCUCAUAAAUUUUCAAGGGCUUCCGAAAUGAUUUGCAUCUGGACUUAGUUUUUAAAAAUAUUAGCAAGCAGUAUGCAUCUACUUUAAUUCUGUGGUUUGAGGUAAAGAAAAAGAGUGUCCAAAAUGGAUUUAAUACUUUUUUAACAGAUGAUUUCAUUU